UGCCUCGAAUUCUCUCCACACUUGUUUUCAGCCAUGCCAGCGGAGAGGCCUUCUCGUUUCCCAGGCAUGUGGAGAAUCCUGCUGCAGUGGGUUUGUGUCUGCAUCUGCCUUCCAGCACAGGCCCAGGCAGCUCUGGUUGUUUCUAGUGAAGAUGCUCUGACACAGUUAUUCGGUCCUUAUCUCGUUCAUGAGACUGAAGAAGCAACAGACACCAGGUCAAGAGAGAAAAGAAGUACAAACUCUGCAAAUGUGGAGGUGAACAGCAUUAGAGUCGUCUGCACGGUGGCAACUCGUUUCGCCCACACCGUCAUGACCUCCAGGGCUCAGAAUAAAGCAAACUCUUCCCAGGAAGUCUUCUUCGAAGUGGAGCUGCCCAAGACCGCCUUCAUCACCAACUUCAGCAUGGAGAUUGAUGGUAAAGUGUAUGUUGGGGAGGUGAAGGAGAAAGAGAAAGCGAAGGAGCAGUAUGAGAAGGCUGUUUCCUCUGGACAGACUGCUGGACUGGUCAAGGCUUCUGGAAGAAAGAUGGAGAAGUUUUCAGUGUCCGUCAACAUUGCUGCCAGUAGCAACGUGACUUUUAUUUUGACCUAUGAGGAGCUUCUUCAAAGGAAACUGGGCCAAUAUGAGAUUUUGACGCGAGUUAACAUUGAACAGCCAGUGCAGGAUUUUGAGAUCCUGGCAGACAUCUAUGAGCCACAGGGCAUCACAUUUGUUGAAGCCACUGCAACUUUCCUGACCAACGAGCUGCUCCCGUUGCUAAAGAAAACCGUCACAGACACAAAGGCACACAUCUCUUUCUCACCAACAGUGGAGCAGCAGAAGUGUUCAGAGUGUGACGGCACAAUAAUUAACGGGGAUUUCAUCAUCAAAUAUGAUGUGAAACGAGAAAAGAGCCUAGGGGAAGUUCAGGUUGUGAAUGGAUACUUUGUGCACUUCUUCUCCCCUCCGGACUUGGCCAGAGUCCCAAAGAAUGUGGUGUUUGUAAUUGACAGGAGUGGAUCAAUGCAGGGAACAAAGAUUCUACAGACCAGGGAAGCAAUGACAGCCAUUCUGAAAGAUCUACAUAAAGAAGACCACUUCGCUAUCAUCCUGUUUGAUGACAAAAUUGUCCCCUGGAAGGAUUUUCUUACCAAAGCAACAGCAGAAAAUGUUUCUGAAGCCAUCCGCUAUGUCAGCAAUCUGCAAGAUCAUGGAAGCACUGAUAUCAACACUGCUGUACUGAGGGCAGUGAAGAUGCUGAAGAGAGAGAGAAAAAAUGAGAGACUUCCAGUGAGGAGUGCAGACAUGAUUAUCUUACUGACUGAUGGGAUGCCAAACCACGGAGUGUCCAACACCCAGGACAUUCAGAAGAAUGUGAAAACUGCUAUUGGGGGACGCAUGUCUUUGUUCUGUCUUGGGUUUGGAAAUGAUGUGGAUUACUCCUUCCUGGAUGUGAUGAGCAAACAAAACAAAGGACUGGCCCGCAGAAUCUUUGUGGGGUCAGACGCAGUCGUUCAACUCAAGGGUUUCUAUGAGGAAGUGUCCAGUCCUCUGCUCUUGGAGGUGAAACUACGUUAUCCUGACAGCAAAGUAGACUUCUUGACCAAAAAUGACCACAGCCAGCUGUUCGAUGGCUCAGAGAUUGUGGUGGCUGGUCGGCUGAAUGAUAAUGACAUGAACAACUUUGUGGUCGAGGUUCACGCUCAGGGGCCUGAAGAGGACUUCCAAGUGCAGGAAAAGGCCAGUGUGGCAAACUGGCAGACGAUGUACCCAGACAAGGAGUACAUCUUUGGGGACUUCACUGAGCGUUUGUGGGCCUACCUCACCAUCCAACAGCUUCUGGAGACCAGUGGCAUCAGUACUCAAAAGGAGAAAGACAAUAUGACAGCCAAAGCCCUGAACAUGUCGCUGCGGUACAACUUUGUUACCCCUCUCACCUCCAUGGUGGUCACCAAGCCUGAAACUGAGGACGGAGCAGACAGCUCCUUUGUCGCUGAUAAACUGACUGAGGAGCAGCGACAGGCAGCAGAGAGACGCGGGGGUUUCUCAGCCUCUCCUGCAGCUGGACGUACCGUUAGCGGGGCUAUUUCUAAAAGGGUCCAGGCUAAGACAUUCAGGUCCCACGGUGGCAGGUCCAGGGGGUCCAGUGGUCAUUCAGAUGUGGAUGGAGAUCCUCAUUUCAUGAUACAGUUAAGGAAUGCAACUGACAAAUACAACGCUCUGUGCUUCGACAUCAACGACAAACCAGGAACCAUCUACAAUCUGGUCAGAGACACAAAAUCAGGUUUUGUGGUGAAUGGCCAGCUUAUCGCUAAGAAGAAAUUUGUUCCAAAUGGUAAAAGCAACACCUACUUUGGGCGUUUUGGUAUCACCCAUCAGAAGUUGGAUGUGAGGCUGGAUGUGAGCACGCAGGAAAUCUCAGUCUUCCAUAAUGGCAAGCAGGUCACGUUGCUGUGGUCUGAUACAGCCUCUCUGAAAGAAACAGAUUUGGAUCUCAGGUUGACUGAUAACUGCAGCCUAACGGUGACGUUGAGGCACUCAGUUAAAUUUAUGAUCAUCAGACACACAAAGGUUUGGAAAAGACGCCAUGACCAACAAGAUUACCUGGGCUUCUACACCUUGGACUGCCACCACUUGUCUGCUUCAGUUCACGGUUUACUAGGUCAGUUCUACCAUGGGGUUCCAUUUGAGACGAGAGACUUUCGUCAGGGUGCGCUUGAGAAUUUAGACGCCACCAUGUAUGUGAAAGGACAAACCCUUAACGUGACCAGUCACUGGCAAAAGGACUUCAGUAAGGAUGUGAAGAACGGAGAAAGCAUUCCCUGCUGGUUUGUUGGCAGUGAUGGAACAGGCCUCAUCGAUGGGACAGCAUCAGACUACAUCGUGUCAGACUUAUUUGAGACUGUUUGAAUGUUGAAAAAUCUAAGUGGCAGAGGCUGCAGGGUGCAUUGGUACGGUGACAGUGAUGUGCGGUGAGAGAUAAAGAGUCGCAGUGUGUCUUCAUUCCAAAAUUAAACAUGUGGAGAAGAUGAAAACAAACAGGAUCACAACAUUUUUAUAUUAUGGCAAAUACAUGUUAUCACUUUAUGAUUCUCAGUGACUGACACAUGUGAGUUGGUUUUGGACAAACAUGUUUUUCCUAAAAUCACAAACACAUUACAGAGCACCAUCGUUAUCAUUAUCCUUUAAAUGUCGUAGCUGAACCCUUUCUGCUCAACAUUAUUUACAUUUACUCUUAAGUUUCUUGGGGUAAUUCUUGCUCAGAAUAGGCCCCAGAUGGUUGACUAUGCGAGACAACAAGCAUGACCUGUAAAAGCAAUGAGCCCACAUUACAUCAGACAGCAAUAUGUCCACUUUCACAUUAUUUUCUGACAAUUUUAUGGACAAACAAAUUACAUUUUUGACCAUUUGAUGGACUUCAAUCAACAUUAUUAACCAUUUAAUGGGAAAAACACCAUUUUGGCAUUUGUGAUUUUCCUUUGAGUUUGGCUAAAAUAUUCUUUUGAGGUGCCAAGAAUUCAGUGAUAUAAUUUUGUGAUGUGUGCAAGAAAAUAACAAUGACAAUGUGUUUGGUGUGAAAAUUAGAAAGCAAGGCAAAGUGUUUUUUUUUUCAUAAAAAUAGUCUAGAAAGGCUCAUUUUAAUUUGAUUUGCUUCCUGUAAGGUUGUCAAACUUCACACAUCAUUUAAUUUCUCCAAACAUUGCAUAAAAACACUUGUCAUGUUCUGUAAGAUUUACAGUGGUGUCUGCGUGAAAAAUCCACAGUUCUCCAAAUUUUUCUUGGACAAUGGGCUCAUUGCAGAGUGUUACAACAUAACAAAACAAGCUAUUAGUUAUGAAACAUUAAUCAUCACACCAUUGUGUUGGUUAAGGUCAGUGGCUGAUGUAAAGUUGAUCUUGUGUUUAAUAUGCUUCACAGCGAGUAAUGCAGAAUUCUAACUGCUUUGCACAUGUAACCAAUAAUAGAGAAAAAGUAAUUCAUUACUGUUUCAUCACAGGAUAAUAAAUGAAUUUGCUAUGCUUUGUUUUGUUUUACAAUAAGUGCAGUUUUUUGCCAGAUACAAAAGAGACAGUAAACACCUAAAAACACA